AUGUCCAACCCACGCCCGCAACGCCCCAAGCGCCCCGGCGCCACCCUCGACGCCGCCGUCCGCUCCGGCGCCGGCCUCCCCGACUCCAAACGCCCCAAAUUCGACGUGCGCAACCCCUUCGAGCUCGCCCCGGACGCGCCCGACGACGACGACGUCUUCCUCGAGGUUGAUGAGGGCGCCGUGGGCAAGCGCCGGGUCCGCAGGAAUCGUGUCGAUAUCGAGGGCUAUGAGAGCGACUCAUCGGGCGAUGGCUUCGACGAGACGCAUAAAGCGUGGAAAGCCGACGAUGAAGGAGCGGCCGACGGGAAGGGCGAGGAGGAUGAAGAUAUGUUCGCGGACCUUAGGGAUAGUGGCGAUGAGGGCGCGAAGCCGGAGGUGAAGCGCGGGGGGCCAGGCGAUAAGACGAAGAGGAGUGUCAAGUUUAUGGAGCUGGAGCAGAUUGAGGGGCAGGACUUUGCGAGUAGGCGUGAGUUUGCGGAUAUCAUUGAUGAAGAUAAGGGCAAAGGCGACGACAGCGGAGACGAGGAUGAGGAACCGGAGGAGGUCGAUUCGGAGGUGGGUGAGGGUGGGAAGAAGAAGAAGGCGCCCAAGAUCGAUGCGUUCAAUAUGACGAGCGAGAUGGACGAGGGGCGCUUUGACGACGCUGGGAACUUCAUCAGGAAGGCGGCGGAGAAGGACGCGGUCCAUGAUAGCUGGUUGCAGGGCGUCAGCAGGAAAGAUAUGAAGCGCGCGAAAGAGGCGCGGGAGAAGCGAGACAAGGAAUUGAGGGAGAAGAUGAAGGAGGACGAUGCCAUCUCGACCAGCGGGGUGCUGGCGGAGCUCAUUGGGUACCUGGAGAAGGGCGAGACGGUCCUGGAGGCCCUGGCGCGCCUUGGAAAUGCAGGCAAGAAAAAGAAAGCCGCCAAUAAGAUCUCGUGGCGCGAGAAGAAGAAGAAGGCGGCCGGCGGUGACGAGAUGGAAGUCGACAAGGGAAAAGAGCCUGAAGAUCCUGUGGAAGCCCGCCGGAAAGAAGCAGUCGAGCGUAUCACUGGCGCCGCUGACCGCCUCCUCACCCGCGGUCAGAACGAGAUAUACGACGAGACCCGCGAGUCGCUGAUCCGCCAGUACCGCCGCGAGAGCGGCGAAGACUGGGUUGAGCCAAAGGCCCCGGGAGCCCAAGACAAUGGCGCGCCGGUAUCAAAGACGUGGGAGUUCCGGUGGACGGACGGCAGAGACGAUGGCGGCGUGCAUGGGCCGUAUGGGACUGCUGAGAUGGCGAGCUGGAAUCAGCACGGGUUCUUUGAUGAGGGGGCAGAGUUCCGGUGGGUCGAUGGGUCGGAGGGGUGGACUAGAGUUACUGACUUUGAAUAA